CCCGGCGGCCGAGCCGGGUAGGCGAGUGGCCGGGAUGGGGGUGCCGGUCGCUCGGCGCGGGAGGCCCGGGGCGGCCGGCCGGCGCUGGCUGGUGCUGCUGUCGCCCCUGCUGCUGGUGGCCGUGUUGGCGCGGCCGGCGGCCGCCCUGGUGGAAGGGCUCUACUGCGGCACGCGGGACUGCUACGAGGUGCUGGGCGUGAGCCGCUCGGCCAGCAAGGCGGAGAUCGCGCGGGCCUACCGCCAGCUGGCCCGGCGCUACCACCCCGACCGCUACCGGCCCGAGCCCGGCGACGAGGGCCUGGGGCGGACGCCGCAGAGCGCAGAGGCGGCUUUCCUGCUGGUGGCCACCGCCUACGAGACUCUCAAGGAUGAAGAAACACGGAAAGAUUAUGACUACAUGCUGGAUCAUCCGGAAGAGUACUACAGCCAUUACUACCACUAUUACAGCAGGCGCUUAGCCCCGAAAGUGGACGUGAGAGUAGUGAUUUUGGUCAGUGUGUGUGCUAUCUCAGUGUUUCAGUUUUUCAGCUGGUGGAAUAGCUACAAUAAGGCAAUCAGCUACCUAGCCACAGUGCCCAAAUACCGCAUCCAAGCUACAGAGAUCGCCAAACAGCAGGGACUGCUCAAAAAAGCCAAAGAAAAAGGCAAAAACAAAAAAUCCAAAGAGGAAAUGCGUGAUGAAGAGGAGAACAUCAUCAAGAACAUUAUAAAAAGUAAAAUAGACAUAAAAGGAGGCUACCAGAAACCCCAAAUUCGUGAUCUUCUGCUGUUUCAAAUUCUCUUAGCUCCUUUUCACCUGUGCUUAUAUAUCGCCUGGUACUGCCGGUGGAUCUAUAAUUUUAACAUCAAAGGCAAAGAAUAUGGGGAGGAGGAGAGACUAUACAUCAUUCGUAAAUUUAUGAAGAUGUCAAAAUCUCAGUUUGACAGCCUAGAAGAUCAUCAGAAAGAAACAUUUCUUAAAAGGGAGCUCUGGAUAAAGGAGAAUUAUGAGGUGUAUAAACAGGAACAGGAAGAAGAAUUAAAGAAAAAACUGGCCAAUGACCCCAGAUGGAAGAGAUACAGGCGCUGGAUGAAGAAUGAAGGGCCCGGGCGGCUAACGUUUGUGGAUGACUGAAGACUGGCCGAGCGCUCCUGUGCCAAACGUUCAUUGUGAUGUUGUUCUCAUAACUGAAUUAUUUUAGAAAGUUAUCAGCUGCUCCUCAGCAGUAACUGAAAUCCCUCAAGGAUUUGAUUACACAGAAUAAUGUAGACAUUGAAACUUUCCCUUAAAACUUUAUACAUAAGACAUUUACAACUGUUCAAUUUUUAUAAUCUAUUUGUGGCUUUUGUUAAAAAAAAUGAGAUGAAAAUUUAUUCAUUGUCAUUUAAAAAUUUUAUAUGUUUAGUUUCAAGAUUUGACAUGAAAAUUUAUUAGAUGCCAUUUAAAAUUU